UCUAAGGUCAGAUUUGUUUUCCUUCCUACUGCAUUUUACCAUAUUAUUUUAUUUAUAUCAGUCUUUAAGUCAAUCACAAGUUCUUCUGUGUCAGACAUCACUGCAAUAUCUAAGUAUUUGGCCAGGGUGUUUAUGUUUACAUCUAGCUUUCAUUUAUUAUGAUAAAUUCUUUCAGCUUUGCUUUCUCACCUUUACUUGACACUGAUUUUCUCUUCUGCUCAGUUCAUACCGAGCAUGGAGGGAAUUAAGUACUCAUAGAGCCAAGUGUUAUCUGUCAUUGGCUGAUUGACAGAAAGCACACUGCCUGAAAGCACCGAGACACUAUGAUUUACAGAGUAAAGUACAACCUCUGAACUUGUUGACUGCAUAUACAUUUAUGGUGUGACUGCUGAUUUGGAGUUAUCUCAGAAACUCUAUCUUCUUCAUUUCCUCUUUCCAGGUUAUCAUACUGAUCGCCUCAGUGCUUUCAUCCCUGGCUUAAGGCCGUUUGGUCCAUCAUCUCGGUUCAUGGGAGUCGUGGUCGUCCCACCUAUAGAGCCAUCGUCCCAAUUAUAUAAAACGCUGUCGUCUUCCUUAGAGAUCGUGCCUGUCUCAUCCAUAAUUCUACCCCCCAAUCCUGCCAAGGAAGAGUUAAAUGUCUUCUCAACAGUCCAUGGUGCUGUUUUUCCCAUCUCCUAAGAGUCUGGUAGGCUGGCAAAAUAUCUAUAUGCCAGUUGAUGGAAUUUUCAUUAGAGAGCCAGGCUUCCUUGAUUAGGCGUCCACCCUUGGUAGUCUCACAAACUAUAACCUCUGUGUUAGCCAGAUUGAACGUGUGGCCAGAGCUGGACAUAUGGGCCCACACUUGUGAGCAUUGCUCCUGCCUUCUAAUAGCCAGUUCAUGUUCAUGAACCUGGUCCUCAGUCUUUUAGUAGUUUCCCCAACGUAAUUGCUUGCACAAUCUUUGCAAUUAAUUCUGUAAACCACAGAUGAUCUUUGACCAUAUGUAGAUGAUACUUUUGCGAUUGUCAAAAGAUGGUAUAGCGCCAAAUUCUUGGAGGAACUGAACUUGUAUAUCCACACAUCUACUUCACCGCAGAAGAAGAGAUCCAAGGCAAUCUUGCCUUUCUGGAUGUACUGAUCAGCCGACACCCUAAUGGCACAUUGUGCACGUCUGUAUACCCACCCAUAGAGACAGAAUGCUACGUUAUAAUAGCAACCACCCAGUAGCACAUAAAAUCAGUUGCAUCCGGACGCUAUUUAAACGGGUUAAUUCCCAUUGUAGCAUGGGCAGAGCUAAAGCCGAGGAGAAAAAACAUCUUCAUCACAUCUUCAUGUGCAAUGGCUAUCCCAUGGGGUUUGUGAGACAGCAUUGUAGACCACAUCGAAAUCAUAGAGACUCACGCUCCAAUGUGACAGCAAUGCCGGCCACACGAACAACCCUCCCUUACAUCCAUGGUGUCUCCGAGGGCACGGCUGUUGGCCCCCUACAAUGUGAGUGUUGCCCAUAGGCCCGAGCACACCCUUAGGUCCAAGGUCAUGCAUCCAAAAGAAUCGCUCCCCAAUGGUCAGAAAUCAUCUGCGAGCAAUUUGUAGUGUUAUAAUAUGUGAGGUCUGGUAUGUUGGGCAAAGCUCUAUAUGGUGAUUGAUGGAGUCGCCAUUGGAAAGCCAGGCUUCUUUAAGUAGAGCUUUGCCCAGCAUACCAAAGAUUUAAGGUAUGGGAACAACAACAUCUGAAUCCACAACAAAGACAAUUGGCACAUCCCUCACAAAAUCAGAGGGAAGGAAGAAUAGAGGAGAUAACCCAUCCACGGGACAAAGAACCUAUAAGAAGAACAGAGAAGGAACAAGAAACAUUCCCCCCCUAGGUAUCCCAGAUAAGCAUAUUUCAACUCACCCCAUAAAAAGGGAAAACAACGAUGGGGGUGAACAACAAAGGGGGUUGGAUGAUAGCUCACGGGACACCUGCUCCACAAUCCCUGCUAACAUGAGGGGAGAGAUGGGUUAUUCUACCGACAUGAAUAGGAAAGGAAAACAGAGACCUAUGAUGGAAAGUGAUGUUGUGAGGCCCCACACGUGUGCAAAAAGAGCAAAACAACUGAUGAACCCAACGUGCGAGCAAGUAAUGAAGAGCCUCAAGAGGAGGGGGACAACUAGAAGCAGUACAGCAUACUCACGGACACUUGAGGAGGAAAACAGCGUCCCUGGGUGGAGGAAUGUAUGCAGGAAUGCAGCCGCCAGGGAUUGUGCCAAUAGGCGUCCGGACCUGCUUGACACACACCCUCCCCCGAACGCACGCAAGCAUAGUCAGUCCAGGGAGGAUCUAACGGACCACGAAAUGGGGAUAGAGAGGAUGACAGAUGUGAGAGUGGGCGAGCAGAAACUGAGAGUGGUUGGAUCCAGGAGGAAGGAAACAGCAACUUCGGAGGGCAUUAACACAAUAAAGGAUGUGGGCCCUUUAAGAAACAAGAUAGAGAGAAUGGAUGGACCGGUAACCAGGUCAAGGACUGAGCGCAAAGCUGCCCAGCAGCAUAAGAAGGACUCCCAGCAAUCUUGCAUCAUGCUCUGAUGAUGUCGGUAGUGUUGACCGAUGAAAGGCUCAGCUUUUAAUUAAACAGUUUUGGUUUUAGUA